AUGGCUGCGGUUGGCGCGGUGGUGGUGGGGUGGACCUUGCCCGCCCUGGCGCAGGCCGUUGCCGAGCAGUUUGAAAGCAGCUGUGCAGGGUGCCAUGUUGGUGGUGGAAACGUCGUGGGUGGCAGUACCCUGAAGCUGCCUGACCUAAAGGCGAACGGCUUGGAUGAACCAGGGGCCCUCUACAAACUCAUCUAUGCGGGCAAAGGCCGAAUGCCAGGAUUUGGGGAGGAAUGCGCUCCAAAGGUGCAACACUAUUUUUGCAUCACAUUUGGCGUGUCAUGGACAAACAGUCACUACGCUGCUCAGGAAGCCCAGUUGUAA